AUCACCUGUGUCACACGUUUCUCCGAGUGUCACGGCUUCAGUUCACAAGAUGUUGACGUAUUUGCUAGUACCACUGUCAUUGGCAGUCGUUGUUUCAUCGAACACAAUUAAUGUUAAGAGUCUCCAAAGAUCAGAUGAACCUGAAGCAAAUGGAUCUUUCGACUUCAAUUACAGCAACGAUAAAACGGAAAAAGCGGCUGAGACAUUAUUGAAAUUCUACACCGACGCAGAAUCAGACACAUCCAAAUUUGGUACUAAAUUAAAAACCUCCAACGAAGCUACUAAACUACUGAAACGAUACAAUGAUGCCGUUAGUUCGGCUGGAACGAGUUGCAAAUUUGCGCAGGAAAAUAAAAACAAAUUCAACGGUGCUCAGGAAAAUAUCGAAGACAUUGUAGAACUUUGUUUAAGAACCAUUCCUAAAGAUGAUUUUGAUGCGUUGAAGAAGGCCGUUAAAGAAGAUUUGGCUAAGAUUCAAGCCAUUGAUAGUACACUUAGAUUAAACGCACAGCUUUGUACUUCUCUGCGAGUUCCUCCAUCUGAAGCUUGUAAGAACACUGAGAAACUUGCUUUGGAUAAACUGAGUAGUGUUUUGACUGAAAAGGAACUAAGUAGACUGACCGACCUCAGCGAACAAGCGUCCGAAGGAGCUGAAGACAGCGUGGAACAAUGUGUUCAGAGUAGUCUUCAGUCAUUGGUGGACAAUUUGGAAGAGUCAAUUAAAUCUGUCUUGGACUGUCGUAGUGACUAGUUUGUAAAAUACUUUGUAAUUUAACUUUACCAAUUUUAAACUGUAUUCCAGGAUAAUUUGACAUAGCACAAAUAACUUAAAUAAACAUGUGUGUAUGUA